ACAUUGAAAUAAGGAAGGAGAGUCACAAGGACUUGCACAACAUUUAAUAGGAAAUGUGGAAUGCUUAAAUAUUGCUGAAUUCGAUUCAUGACCAGUAAAGCUCAGUCAAAUGGAUCAACAGGAGGGGUGGCCUCUUGGUCUUCAGCCUCUGAGUUUGAGGCUUGGCCUGAUAAGAAACUUUGAUUUUCUUGACUCCGUGUCCUUCAGCUCCGCAAGCACUGGCUCCCCAACAUCAACUUCACUCACUUCAUCAGAUUCUGCCUCAGAGUCAUUUGGAUCUCUAUCCCAGGAGAGAAACGUUGCGCUUGGAAGCUUGAUGGGACUCGGAGGAAGCUCAUUGGAAGCGAUGAGAAGAUCGGGAAGGAGGGGCAGAAGACAUGUAAGUCUGACAGAGAGGAAAGGGAAGAGCAGGGCUUGGUUUUCGCUCUGUGGUAAGCCGAAGAUAGAGUCCGAGAAAGGAGAUGGUUCUGCUUCUCUUGGCCAGUUUCUUGAGAUUGAAAGGAAAGCUUGCGAUUUUCAUGGAUUGCAGAGAAUUCAGUCUGGUCUUUGCCAUGCUAACGGUCAUGUGCUGCCACUCAUAUUUGAAUGCAUUGGAGGACAAGUUAGCCGUUGAGAUAUUAUAUUGACCAAUUCGG